CAAGAAUGCUCAGCGGUGGCGGCGGCUCUGGGACUAGCAGUCAGUCGAGUCGGGUCAGUCCACAGGAAAGGUGAUUUUCGCCGAGGCUCACCGCGUCGAGAUCACGUUGUUCACGUGCCGAAAAAAAAUGUCUCCACGGGCCCCGCGAUACUGAGGACCCAUUGUCGCGUUAUCGUUACGUUACUUUUUUAAAUCCGAUUUCUCUCAGGACCUCAGUUAAUGCUAUGUGGAUGAUCCUUUGCGCGCUCUUUAUUCACUAUCGACGUAAUCCUACGCGGUAUCCGAUCAGUCGUGCUGAAAGAAUCAACAUCGCGAGUGACUUCGGUACAGUUCAGUGAAGAGGAAGUGCCGGUGAUUUCAAGUGAUAUUUUUGUUUAGAUCUGUGCGCGUCGUUUCCAAACCUUGUGCAGGAAAUUAUCACUCUCAGACUGGCAUCAGAGACCUUUUGGUCCUUCAAAGUAUUCGACUACGGAAUCUCUCUCAUACGGGAUGUCGACCUUUCGCGAAGAUCACCAUAGUGUCUGUCACUAGGAUUCUCGUUCAUCCAGGAGGAAGAACGAAGAGAGCAUCGGUCCCGAGCGUACCAAUGCCAUCACUACAUCAACACCUCACCAGGCAAGAGUCGACGGUCGACUUAGGGCCCAUUGCUAGGCGGACGAUAUCGCGCAGCUCGGCCAAUCUGGUAUCAUCGUCCGGUCGGGGGAGGGGGAUGUUGUAAACAGGAAAGAGAACCAGAACCACGGAACUUCCGGGUUAUCUGGCUCUUUCUCAAGGUCUGAUAUCCGGUUGUAAAUCAGGCUUUGGAAAUUCUCGUAAAUAUCCCGCGAAGCGAUCGAAGACGCGUCCCGCGAGGCGCGGCUCGCCGGUCAGUGAUCCCUCUCCCUGGAGAAUUCAUCUCUCGUGUUUACUUCAAUCUUCGGAGCCGCUCUGAGGAACCUAGUGCGAUCCUGUGAGAUAACCUAUUUUUCUAGAGGAAGUUUCAUCUUUUGUAAUUGGUGAGUGUCCGGAGUGCGCGAGUGACGAAAAAUCCGUAAAAUGGGGAGAGACGCGUGUAUAUCAGGACAUCCGUGUGACAGGUGAAUUGAGUAGAUCGUGGAGGAGGUCGUGUUCGGGUAAUGACGACCUGACCAAGACGAAGGGUGCGAACAAUGAAAGAUCGGCCGAUCAUGCCGCAGAAGUGCAAGAGGUAGUGGCUGUGGAACUAGGGGCCGUAGCGUGGGAAAGAAGCUGGAGAGCAAACGAGAAUAGGAAGAGAAGGCAGGGCGAAAGGGUAUACGAGAGAAAACGAGUGCCAAAGGAAGAGUACAGAGGACGAGAGAGGAGGUGGUGGUUCAGGGCUGGAGAAAUGCUGCCAAAUAGGCUGAUUAUCCUGGCCCUGGUCCUGGGCCUCCUACUGACGGACCAAAAUGCCAGCAAAGCCGUCGAGCUUGACAGAUAUCCUACCCAAAAGGUUGCCAGGCUUGUGCCUCGAAGAUCACCCAUGCUACCUCAGGAUGGUGCUGGUAUGGGUCUGGCAAUGCAAAGUAGAGCAGUGGAUACAAGAGUUCAGUUGGAGGUUCGCGAGGGCGAGCCGCGAGGUACCCUGGUCGGUGAGAUUCCAGUGAAACCAGGUUUCACCUACAGAUUCAAUGAGCCUCCACAGGAGUUCAUUCUGGAUCCCGAAACCGGCGAAAUAAGAACAGCCAGGGUACUAGAUCGCGAAGCACUGAGCAGCGACAGGUACGACCUGGUCGUCCUCUCGAGUCAACCAACCUAUCCAAUCGAAGUGAGGAUACUCGUUCUGGAUGUGAACGAUAAUGAUCCGGAAUUUCCGGAAGCCAGUAUAGCCGUAAGUUUUUCCGAGUCAGCAGCAGCGGGUACCAGGUUACUGCUGGAUGCCGCGACCGACAAAGAUACUCCAGAGAACGGCGUCCACGACGAUUACUUCAUCGUCGACGGUAACACGGAUGGCAAGUUCCGUCUGGUCGUCACCGGGAAUCCCACCGGGGAGACGUCGUACCUUCAUCUUGAGACCACAGGGAAACUUGACAGGGAGCAAGUAGAAUUCUACUCGUUGAACGUGUGCGCGAGAGACCGUGGUCGACCACCCCGACUAGGAUAUCUUCGAGUGAACGUCACGGUCCUGGACGUGAACGAUAAUCCCCCAGUGUUCCAACAGAGCGACUAUGUGGUUGCUCUGAACGAAAGUGCUCCAGCUGGUAGUGCUGUCCUCACGGUCCACGCGACGGACAAGGACCUGGAGGACAACUCAAAGUUAACGUACUACUUGCCGGAUACCGAAAGACAAUUUACCAUAGAUCCAGAAACUGGUGCCAUAACCACCACUGAACCUUUAGACUGUCCGCAACAAAGUUGCACGAUCACUAGGCCCGGUGGUGGGUGCCCCAAGAGUUGCGUAAUAACCGUCUUUGCAAGGGACCACGGUUCACCAAGGCAGGAUGGUAGAACCUAUGUUACGGUAAACCUACUGGACGCGAAUGAUCACGAUCCUGAAAUAAAGUUCAGUUACUUCCCGCAAACAGCUGGUUUCGCCACGGUCGACGAGAAUGCCGCUAAGGAUUGGAUAGUCGCUGCGGUAGCUGUGAUGGACAACGACGAGGGUCUCAAUGGCGAAACCAGCGCUGAGAUACGAGCAGGAAAUGAGCUUGGUCACUUUCGGCUUGACAACACUCAGAGCUUUCACAUAGUCAGGGUAAACGGAAGGCUUGAUCGUGAGGAGAUACCCAAGUAUAAUCUGACUGUAGUGGCAACCGACAAGGGCACGCCACCCAGGUCCGCUAUGGCGUACCUCGUCAUCCAUGUGAAUGACGUGAACGAUCACGAGCCUGUCUUCCAGCAGAGUGAAUAUUCAGCUGUGCUAUCUGAACUCUCUCCCGCGGGUAGCUUUGUAGCUAGUAUUUCAGCUACUGAUGCGGAUUCUGGUUUAAACGCUAGGAUAUAUUACGAUUUUGAUUCUGGCAACGAGCAAGGAUGGUUCGCCAUUGAUCAGGACACGGGUUUGGUCACUACCAAAGCCAGAUUAGACCGUGAGAUACAGGGUAGCGUGGAGCUUCGUGUUUCUGCUAGAGAUGGCGGUCCUAAUCCAAAAUAUGCAUCCACUCAUCUUCGUGUUACUGUUUUGGAUGAGAACGAUGAGGUACCGAGAUUUUCUCAGAGUGUCGUCGAGAUCACCCUCUCGGAAAACACCCCACCGCAAAGCCUGGUAGCAACCCUCACGGCAGUGGAUAACGAUCAGGGUACCAAUGGUAGCGUAGCGUACAGUCUUCAUCCCAGCGUAGCUAGGGAUUAUCCAAAGACCUUCGCACUGGAUGCUCUAACGGGACAGCUCACCACGAAGACCAGUUUGGAUCGUGAAACUAUAGGCGAAUAUCGAAUUCUGAUUGUGGCUAAAGACCAGGGUACACCGCCGCAAUCGUCAACGGCAACUGUUCUCCUGAGCCUUGAAGAUGUCAAUGACAGUCCUCCAGUUUUUUAUCCCCAGAGAUAUUUCCUGCCAGUACCCGAAGACGCGUCUCCUGGUACUUCCGUGGGAAAAGUGAUGGCAACUGACGCUGACGCCCGAGAGAAUGCUCAGAUCCGCUACUCCUUGGAAUCUGGCGGCGAAGGACUUUUCGUAGUGGAUGAGAUAACCGGUGAGAUCUCUCUUCAGGGUUUCCUACGUGCCGCUCACAAGACCCUGUACGAAUUAACGAUAUCAGCACGUGACACCGGAGAUAAACGUGCCACCCAUGACGCCGUCGUCGAGAUACUCCGCGAAGAGGACCUGGAGCAUCUGGAGUUCGAUACCUACAGUGGAUACGACUUCAAGAUUUCUGAAGAUCGUGGUGAAUGCGGAGAGAUGCCUUUGGGUUUCGGUCGUAAUAUUGGUUCUGUCCAGGUGUCCAGAUACGCCAACGGCAAGGUGACCUAUUCCAUCGUCUUCGGGGAUAGCAGAGGCAAUUUCAAGAUAGACGAAAACACUGGUAUGAUCAGUACAGCCGGUUGUCUCGAUCGGGAACAGGUGGCCUACUAUAGUCUACAGGUGGCGGCUCGGGCCGGUCUCGCUCACGGUCAGACGUUCGUAAACAUCACCGUUCUGGACGUGAACGAUAACCCGCCGAAAUUUCCAAAGGGCGAGAGGGGAGACGAGGUCCUGCUGAAGGAAAACGCAGCAGUGGGACAGGAGGUGUGUCUAGCCAGAGCAAGAGAUCGAGACGCAGGAGCAAAUUCCCGAAUAACCUACGCCUUGACUCAUAAUCCCGGAGGACAGUUCAGAGUUGCUGCCAAUUCUGGAAUUAUAUACCUUGACAAACCAAUAAGAGCUCCCCCGGGAACUGUUCUUCAUCUGGAAGUCACUGCUACCGAUUCAGGAAAUCAGCCAUUAUCAGCACAGCACCAAGUACGGGUGACCAUCGAAGAUGUCAACGAUCACACGCCAGUGUUCGAGUUGACUGGUUACGAAACGUCCUUACCUGAAUCUACACCGGUAAACGAGCGUUUCUUCGCCCUGGUUGCGUCUGACGCUGACCUUGGAGUAAAUGGCCGCGUCUUGUACAGCGUAACCGAAGGUAACUCCGAGGGUCGCUUUGGAAUUUUUCCUGACGGUCAGCUCUACGUGAAGAGUGCACUGGAUCGCGAGGAACAGGAUUACUACGCCCUGGAAGUUACUGCCAGUGAUCAGGGUGAACCUAGUCGGAGCUCGGUCGUCCCUGUGGUAGUGCACAUCAUAGACGAGAACGACAAUGCGCCUCAGUUCACAAAUUCCAGCUUCACAUUCCACAUUCGUGAAAACGAGCCGCCUGACACCUUCGUGGGAAAAUUAUUAGCGGCUGAUCGCGAUGUAGGUCGCAAUGCCGAGUUAACAUUUUCAUUGCCAUCUACCCAACAAGACUUCAUAGUGGAUCCACGAAAUGGAUUCAUUAAAUCGCUACGUGUAUUCGACAGGGAACAUCUAAUGGCGAACACGGGAGUCAGCUACAUCACGCUCGAAGCUACCGUCACCGACAAUGGCCUUAACCGGCUUCGGGAUAAGGUUAAGGUCACUGUGUACGUUACCGAUGUCAACGAUAAUACUCCACAAUUCCAACGACAACCUUACCGGUUCCCCGUUAGCGAGGGUGCCGCCAUUGGUACCCAAUUAUUAAGGGUAUACACUACCGAUGCCGACGAGGGUUUAAAUGGGGAUGUUUUUUACUCCUUGGAAGCAGGUAACCAGCACGGACACUUCACCAUAGACGAAGCUACUGGCCAAAUAUCCCUAGCUAGGGAAUUGGAUCGUGAGACUAUGGACGAAUACGCAUUGACAGUCGUCGCCCACGAUGCUGGCCUCGAGGUUCACCUAUCGUCCAGUGCAACAGUCCACGUAGAGGUGCUCGAUGAGAAUGACAAUACCCCAGUCUUCGUGGACAUCCUUCCAAGCAUCUCAGUCCUAGAGACCACAACUAUAAAUACCGAAUUACUCAGAUUCAAAGCAACGGAUGCCGACCUGGCUGCGAACAGCGAACUGACCUUUGCCAUAUCAGCGGGAAACAGACACGACACGUUUCACAUAGAUCCACUGACAGGAGCUCUUUACCUAAGAAAACCCUUGGACUACGAAGAGCUAGAAAAUUACACUCUGAACGUAUCCUGUAGCGACGGAGGUCACCCAAGACUGAGUUCAGUGACUACGCUCCGCGUCAACGUCAUUGACACCAAUGACAAUCCGCCAGCGUUUCCUAAUACCGCCAUAGUGCGGAUGAUAGUCGAAGGAAUUGCUGUUCACAAUCCAGUGGUUCCCGUCACUGCGGAAGAUCCAGAUUCAGGGGAGAACGGGAUGGUGACCUAUGCCAUAGCCAGUCAGGAUCCUGAUGAUCAGAAACGCUACUUUGGGAUCAAUCCAUCGACGGGCGUGAUCUAUACGCUGCUGCCUAUUGAUCGCGAGGAAGUUGACACCUUCAAGCUUGUCGUAGUGGCCACUGACAGGGCGCAGCCUCCGAGUGCACGACUGUCAGCAGAAAAAUUAGUGACAGUUAUCGUGAACGAUGUGAACGAUAACGCACCCAUAUUCGUGAGCAUGUCAGCGGCAGUGCUACCUGUGAAAGGUAGCCUGAAUUAUCAACCUGGCAAGGAGGUGCCAGUAGCACAGCUCCUGGCAAGAGAUUUAGACUCCAGUACGAACGGUCUGGUGACCUAUGAACUUCUCGGUUCAGGUGUGAGCUAUCCUGACAUGUUUCGCGUGCACAGAAGUACCGGUUUGCUGACCAUGCGAUUGCCCAGGUCUAUGAGCAGUCUGGAACGGAACUCGAGGUACCAAGUGGGCGUCAGGGCGACUGACGAGGCCGUACAAGCUCAGAGAAGAUCCUCAGACACAUACCUGACCCUGAUAGUACCUGGAGAGGAUGACGAGCGACCAGCUUGGGAGCAUCACGGCGUUCUGGAAGGUAGCGUCUAUGAGAACGAGCCAGCCGGUGUGAGUAUUUUCAAAGUGAGUGCGCGUAGUCGACGUAGCAACGUCGAUCUGGAAUAUUACGUGACGAAUGUGACCGCGGGCAGUGGUGGAGCUCAAGUGGACAGGUUGUUCGAUGUCGAUACAAAGAGUGGGAUCCUCUCGACGGCAGCCGUCCUGGACCGUGAGGCUGGGAUUCAGUGGUACGAGGUUGAGGUCUACGCCAUAAGCGUCGGCGGUAGCAAGCCCAGCACGAGCUCCACGAAGGUCCGUGUGACGGUUUUGGACAAGAACGACGUGCCGCCAAGUUGGGGCUCAGGACCCUGGAAAUUCAAGGUUUCCGAAGAGGCGCCACCCAGCACGCUGGUCGCGGCCCUCAGGGCUUUUGAUCCUGACACCAUAGGUAGCCUCAGAUACACCCUGGUACCGAAUCCAAAGUCAAGCCUACCGGACGAGGACAACGCUACCGAUAACGAAGUGGAGAGUCAGUUCAGUCUUGAUCCUGCCACGGGACAACUGAGACUGGCCGAAGCCCUCGACAGAGAAACUAGAGAAAAGUAUACUUUACGAGUAAGAGCCGACGACGGAGUUCAGCAUACGGAUAUCACUCUAACGAUACUGGUAACAGACACCAACGACAAUGCGCCUGCCUUUCAAGCCACGGCCUAUUCCUUCGACAUCGCUGAGAAUGCACCUAGAGGCAGUCGAGUUGGCCAAGUCGUAGCUACGGAUGCCGAUGCGGAGGGUGCAAACAGUCAAUUGAGCUAUGCUCUGAUAUCCGACUGGGCGAACGACGUAUUCUCCCUGAAUCCCAGCACAGGAGUAUUCACGCUCACUGCCAGCCUCGACUACGAACAGGUGCAGCAUUACAUUCUGGUGGUACAAGCUACCGAUGGAGGUAUUCCAGCACUGUCAUCGACAGUGACGGUUUAUUGUAACGUGGUCGACUUGAAUGACAAUACUCCAGUUUUCGAGCCUGGACCGCAUGCUGCUGAAAUCUUGGAGAACGCUACCAUCGGUACUGCUGUGUUAUCUGUAACGGCUCAGGAUCUUGAUUCCGGGGACAACGGUAGAGUGGUAUACGCGAUCGCUGGUGGUGAUGAAAACGAGGACUUCGGUGUUGCACCAAAUGGAACUGUCUUCACCAGAAAACUUCUCGACCGAGAAGUUAAACCUUUGUACAAUUUAAUACUGAGCGCGACCGACAGUCCUGAGCCGCCAUCACGUCCGCUAUCGUCCACAGUGCAGGUAACGGUAGCCCUGCUUGAUGUAAACGACGUAUCGCCCGAAUUCAUUUCACCGAAUCAAACGUCCAUCAUGGAGAAUACACAAUCGAAUACGGUAGUCAUGGCUAUAAAGGCCAUAGACAGGGACGAAGGACGCAACGGCUACGUGGAGUAUUCGUUGGAAGGCAAUACACUUCCGUUCACCCUGGGUGCCGUCGAUGGGCUCUUACGCGUUUCCGGAUCACUGGACAGAGAGCACAAGCCUAAUUACACACUGGAGGUGACGGCUAAAGACAGAGGCGAACCACCGAAAUCAUCAUCGAGUACCGUCCUCGUGAUAGUCCUGGACGAGAAUGACAAUUCACCCGUAUUCGAUCCACGUCAAUACUCUGCGACCGUCGCUGAAAAUGCUAGUAUCGGCGCCAGCGUUCUUCAGGUUUCAGCGACUGACCGUGACGAAGGAGCCAACGGCCGAGUACGAUACAGCAUCGCAGCAGGCGACGAGAACCGAGAUUUCACGAUCUCAGAGGAUGGCGGCGUGAUUCGUGUAGCGAAGAAUUUAAAUUUCGAACGCAAAGCAAGAUACCAUUUGACAGUGAGGGGCGAGGAUUGCGCCCCGGAAAUUGGUGGGACCUCCCGUCACGACACAUCCGAAGUGACCAUUUCCGUCCUAGACAUAAAUGACAACGCGCCGGUUUUCCUGGACUCGCCUUAUCUCGCCCACGUCAUGGAGAACAUGGUACCGCCCGGCGGAGGAUUCGUCAUACAGGUCAAGGCCUACGACGCCGAUACACCACCCUACAACGACCAGGUGCGCUACUUCCUCAAGGAGGGCGACACGGACCUCUUUCGUAUAAACGCCAGUACCGGUGACAUUUUUCUUUUACGAUCGUUGGACAGAGAGAUGGUACCCGAAUACACUCUGACCCUGGUAGCAAUGGAUACUGGUUCGCCGCCCUUGACGGGAUCUGGAAUCGUGCGGGUAGUCGUGCUCGACAUUAACGACCACAGUCCUGAAUUCGCGAGACAGGAAUAUAGAGCAUCCGUCACGGAAAAUUUACCAGGUGGUGCCUGGGUAGCCAGACCAUCAGCUACCGAUAAGGAUGAAGGACUGAACGCGAAGAUUCGAUAUAGCCUACUUGGCGACAAAGCCGAAAGAUUCUCAGUGGAUCCGGACACGGGUGACGUAUCCACGCUGGAACCACUGGACCGAGAACAGACUUCCGUUUACCAUCUGACAUUGGUAGCGCAAGAUUCCAGCCCGACGGAGCCUCGCGCUUCCGUCGUUAACUUGACGAUUUUCGUUAAGGAUCUCAACGACAACGCACCUAGAUUCUCUACUCCUAGAUACACGGCAUACGUACCUGACGCUACCAAACCUGGUGACUUUGUCUUCGGAGCGAAAGCCGUGGACGAUGACGAAAGCGAGAACUCGCGAAUCGUUUAUCGUCUCCAGGGCGAAGAUGCUGAGAAAUUUAUGAUCGAUCCUCAUAGCGGCGUCGUCAAGGCUACUCAGGAACUGGCUGGCGGCGAGACCACUUAUCAAUUACAAAUUCAAGCUUCCGAUUGCGGCGUAGAGCCGAAAUCCGUUACAGCCGAUCUGGUCAUUCACCUCUGGGAGAGGCAGCUCUUCCCCAGCUUUCGACCUACGGUGAACACCCGGUUCACUCUUCCGGAAGACGUUCCCGAAGGAAGAAUAAUCACAAAAUUAACCGCAUCCACACCGAAAGUCGGUGCCGCGAGUAAUCUCGUGUUUGGCAUGGCCGGUGGUAACGUUGGCGAUGCUCUGAGAAUAGAAACUCAUACUGGCGAGGUUCUCGUAGCUUCGGGUUUUGAUUACGAGACGGCACCCCACUACGAGGCCUGGGUCGAAGUCCGUGACUCUGACAAUCCUGCCCUCAGGAGCGUCGUACAACUUCUGGUAAAUGUGACCGACGCCAACGACAAUUCACCCAUAAUGGAAGCGGCCAUCUACAACGCAACGGCUCCCGAGGACGAAUAUCCACCAUUGUUCGUGACUAGAAUAUCAGCGAAAGAUGAGGACAGCGGGGAAAACGGUCAGGUGACCUAUCAUCUCGUGGACGACUUCGACGAAGCCUUUCUCAUCGACGAGAACACUGGAGAGAUCAGUACGAACGCGAUAUUGGAUCGAGAGGAGAUUUCUUCGUACGAGCUGAUCGUUGAAGCGAGGGAUCAAGGAGAGCCGCAAUUAACCGGCACGGCUACCGUACUGGUCACGAUCUCAGAUAAGAACGACAAUCCUCCGCGUUUCACUCGAUUGUUCAGUGUGAACGUGACCGAAAAUGCAGAGAUUGGCGCGUUCGUCAUACGAGUUACCAGCAGCGACUUAGACGUAGGCCAGAAUGCAAAUGCUACCUACAGCUUCACUGAGAAUCCUGGUGGGAAAUUCUCUAUUGAUCCUCUCAGCGGUAACGUUACCGUAGCAGGACAUCUCGACCGAGAGGAGCAGGACGAGUACCUUUUGAAGGUAGUCGCUGUGGAUGGCGCGUGGAGAACGGAAACUCCCCUUACGAUAACGAUCCAAGAUCAGAAUGACAACCCGCCGGAAUUUGUCGAAGAAUCUUAUCACUUCCAUUUCCCAGAAUUGCAGAGACGUGUAGCACAUGUUGGUCAGGUUACUGCUACCGAUCGUGAUAAGCAGGGUCCCAAUUCCGUGAUAUCCUACAGCCUCUUACAACCGUCUGAUCUGUUCACCGUUGAUCCUGCUACUGGGGAUAUAUUUAGCAAGAGGACCCUCAAGUACAAACAUACUCAGCGUCCAUCCUCACCAGAGAAUCUAUACUCGCUGACUGUCGUCGCGACGGAUAACGGAAAGCCACCUAUGUCCUCGAAGACAGUUGUCUACGUCAGCAUCGUAGAUGCAAAUAACAAUGCACCCAAAUUUGAACAAAAAUCUUACUUAUCACCUGUUCCCGAGGGUUACCCGGUUGGCAAAAAGGUGAUGAUGCUUGUUGCUAAGGACGAUGCUGAUUUCGGUGUCAAUGCUGAAAUCGAAUAUUCUCUUGUAAACGGAAAUGGAAGCGAGUACUUUUCUGUGGAUGGUAACACUGGUUGGAUCUACGUAAGGAAGAGUUUAGCAGGACUUGGUGUCGGUGUUAGUUUUCUUCUGAAGGCCAGAGCAGUUGAUAAGGGUGUUCCACCUCAGGAAGAUGAAGUCCCAUUGACGUUGGUGAUUGCUGGGGAGAAUCGACAUACGCCAACAUUCACAGCGUUGAGUUAUCAAGUGAUAGUUCCUGAAAAUGAACCAAUCAAUUCAACUAUUUUAACAGUCAGCGCUGCUGACAGUGAUAACGGUCCUAAUGGCUUGGUCCGUUACAAGAUAUCAGCUGGAAAUGAACGCAAGGAAUUCUCCGUUCAUCCAACAACCGGUGCUGUCACCAUUUUGGAACCCUUAGAUUAUGAUACUGUUCAGGAGUAUCGACUGAACAUCACUGCGAGCGACCUCGGAUUCGAGCCGAAAAAAGCAACAGCAACUUUAACAGUGACCUUGACAGACAUCAACGAUAAUCCUCCCAUCUUUAAUCAGAGCCUUUACGAAGCUUAUUUACCUGAAAAUUCACCGUCUCACAGUUUCGUCUACAAAGUCAUCGCCACAGACGUUGAUUCUCCGAAGUAUGCGAUUAUUCAGUAUAGAAUUCUAGGUGGCAGCGGCAAAGAUCACUUUGAAGUUGAACAGAAUUCAGGUGUCAUCUCGUCCAAGAUGAGUUUCGAUUACGAAGAGGCUAACAAGUAUACCUUAGACAUAGUCGCAGGUAAUCCAGAUUCGAAUCCACAAAUGGUUGGCUUCACAACGGUAGUUGUACAUAUUACUGGAGUCAAUGAAUUCUAUCCGAAGUUUAUACAACCGGUAUUCCAUCUGGAUGUGUCUGAGAGUACUGAAGUUGGCACAUCUGUAGGGCUGGUCCAGGCGACAGAUCAGGAUGCAGGUGCAGAUGGUCAGGUGUAUUACCUCUUUGUGGGCUCUUCAAACGAUCGUGGGUUUAGCAUAGGUCCUGAAAGCGGAAUUAUCAGUGUAUCGCGGAGACUUGAUCGUGAAACUCAGAACAGAGUCGUACUCACGGUAAUGGCGAAAAAUGGCGGCGGAAUUCGUGGAAACGAUACGGAUGAAGCUCAGGUCAUUAUCUCUAUCCAAGACGGAAACGAUCCUCCAGAAUUCCUUCAAACUGUGUACCACGCUAACGUGUCAGAAGGAGCAGUACAUGGAACAAGAAUCCUGACUGUCAGAGCUGUUGACAAAGAUGUCCGUCCUCAGAACAAUCAAUUCUCAUAUUCAAUCAUAGCUGGUAAUGUGGGCCAAGCGUUCAAGGUUGAUCCACAAACUGGUGACAUAGAAACAGCUAAGCAAUUGGAUCGCGAAACUGUACCAGCUUAUGAAUUAACUAUUGGAGCCAUUGACACAGGAUCUCCACCACAAACUGGUACCGCAACGGUGCAUAUAGAAUUACUAGAUAUUAAUGAUAACGGACCAGUCUUCGAUCCACCGGAAGUGAUCGGUUAUGUCAGUGAGAAUGAACCAGCCGGUACCAGUAUAAUGACUCUGAGUGCAAUGGAUCCGGAUUUACCACCAAACGGUGCACCUUUCUCGUACAGAUUAAUCGGAGGAAGACAAAAAGAUAUGGUUACACUGGAUAAACAUUCUGGUCUCCUUAGAACUACCAGAAGCUUGGACAGAGAAGCCAUGCCACAGCUGGAUCUUGUGAUCGAAGUGGAAGAUUCCGGUACACCGCGGAUGAGAAGCGAGCAUACGAUUACGGUUAUAAUUCUGGAUCAGAAUGACAGCCCAUCGACUCCACGCUCGGUUCACGUAAUGGUACAUUCCUUCAAUGGACAGAGUCCAUUGGGUAAGAUUGCAGAUGUUCAUCCGAAUGAUCCUGAUACUACUGGCGACUAUACUUGCAAGAUACUUCAAGGCUCGAAUUCUGGGGUGCUCAGCAUUCCAACCGGUUGCGAUUUACAUACCAGCAAGAUUACGCCAGAUCUUGGAUAUUCAUUGAGCGUCUCUGGGAAUGAUGGCCGACAUCCGGACGUCGUAUCUAAAGUCACUGUGGAAUUCUUAACGUUCACCAACUCUACUGUCGAGAACACAGUCACUCUACAAGUCAGCAGAUUAAGUGCCAGUCAAUUUCUAUCUCAAUAUUAUCGUGCACUAUUGGAUAUGCUGCAAGCGGAAAUCGAUGUUGGCGACACACUGACUAUUUACAGCAUGAGUGAGAAUAAUGAAGUCCUCGACAUUUCCUUAGCGAUCAAAACACCACAAGGCUACCAUCAAAAAUCUGAAGUGACCGAGUUGUUAUUACGCAAACGAGAAGAAAUCCAGUCUCUCUUGCAAGGAGCCACUUUGACUAUUGGAUAUUCUCCUUGCGAGCAUGUUGCUUGUGAUAACGACGGCACUUGUAGCGAUCAGUUGGUCGUUUAUGAGGAUGCGAGGAUCACUGAUAGUCAAACAUUAGUUUUAACAUCUCCCAGAGUAUCACACGAAAUGAUUUGCAAAUGUCGAGAUGGUUUCAUUGGUGAUAGAUGUGAAAAAAGGCAGGAUCCAUGUUCACCAAAUCCUUGCUUAUUAGGUGGUCAGUGUCGAAGACUCGGCUACGAUUUCCAUUGCACGUGCCCGUCAGGUCGUGAAGGUAAAUUAUGUGAACUGGAGAGAGGAGAUGCCUGCGCCAGUAAUCCUUGUAGAAAUGGCGGAUCCUGUAGGGAGAGUCCUGAUGGCUCAAGCUUCUUCUGCCUAUGUCGUGCUGGAUACAGAGGAAACCAUUGUGAAGCCAUCACGGAUUCAUGUAGACCAAAUCCUUGCCUGCACGGUGGUCUCUGCGUUGGACAGAAGCCUGGAUAUCGAUGCAGUUGUCCAGAAGGUCGCUACGGAAGACAUUGCGAACGUUCGACAUUUGGUUUUGAUGAACUUUCGUACAUGUCCUUCCCGGCAUUAGAUUCCAAUACCAAUGACAUUACUGUUAUAUUUGCAACAACAAAAUCCAAUGCCCUUCUCCUCUAUAAUUAUGGACCUCAAACUGGAGGUCGUUCGGACUUCGUGGUAUUGGAAUUGGUCAAUGGCAGAGCUGUUUUCUCCUAUGGGGGAGCAAGAAGUGCCAUCACCUCAAUUACUAUCAAAACUGGUAACUCUCUGGCAGAUGGAGAAUGGAGAAAGGUUACAGCCACCAGAAACGGAAGAGUUGUUUCGUUGAGUGUAUCCAGCUGUAGAGAACAUGGCGAUGUUUGCGAUGACUGCAGACCUGGUGAUACAACUUGCUACGCUGAUGACAUUGGCCCAACCGGAACCUUGAACUUCAACAAUAACCCAUUGAUGAUCGGUGGACUAGUCAGUGCUGAUCCGGUACUAGAAAGACCUGGACAAGUACAUUCCGAUGACCUGGUCGGCUGUGUACAUUCAGUAUCAAUAAAUGGCAGAACAUUGAAUCUGACAAGUCCUUUGUCUUCACGUGGCGUAAGACCAACUUGCGCGAGAUCUGAAAGAAGCCCUUGUUCCAAAGGCAAAGAGGACUUCAGGUCUGUUUGUGGUGCUGCCGGGAGGUGUUACGAUAAGUGGCAUCAAGUUGCCUGUCAAUGUGACACCUUAACAGCACCCAACUGUCAAGGAGCUUUAAAACCUAUCAGCUUGAGUGAGGGUGGAUACAUCGAGUUCAAAAUAUCUGAGAAACACAGAAGAAUGCAACUCCUGGAGUAUCUUUAUGGCGGAUCCACAUUGUGGCUUGGAAAUCGUGUUACUAGAGAGACCAACGAAGAAACCAGUUUAUUGGCACUGACUCCCAAUCCACCAAAAACGAUUGGAUUAAUGUUCCGAACAGUGAGACCAGACGGUAUCCUUAUUUAUGCAGCUACCAACAAACACUUUACAUCAGUCGAGCUUCGCAACGGACAACUGACUUAUGCGUCUUUGCUUGGAUCGCCAGUAAACAUGACAGGUUCGAUAGAAGGAGGCUUAGCUGAUGGUCGUUGGCACAAUUUAACUCUUCAUGCCUAUUCCCGUGGCCUUCGAUUACUUAUCGAUGGCGUGUUAACUGGAGAUGAAUUGGAUUCCGCCGGGGUGCAUGAUUUCCUGGAUCCUUAUCUAUCAGUACUGUCCAUCGGUGGUGUUAUGCAAGAAUUCUACUACGCCCAUGACUCCAUACCUAAGAAUUUCGAAGGAUGUUUAUCCAACUUUACAAUAAACAACGAAAUACAGCCAUUCAAUGGAUCCGGAUCGGUUUUCAAAGACGUAGUGUAUCACGGAAAAGUUAACAUAGGCUGCCGAGGACCAAUAGGAAUAAGUGCAGCAGCAGCUCCUGAUCCUCUAAGUAUUGGAAUAACCUUGGUCAUUGUAUUCUUUGUGACGCUACUGGUUGCCAUUUUGGUAAGCUUCGUGGUAUUCAGAUUGCGAAGGCAAAACAAAGAGAAAUCUGCACCAUCCGGUGUGAAUAAAGGUAACAACACCAUCAUGGCCGGAAAUGCACUAGUGGGAUCAGGAAGUGACAACAUAAUGUCUCGUCAUGAAAAUACUUAUAUAUCUGAUACUUCUGAUCUGCGAGGAGUGAGCCACAUGGGUCCGGAAUUAAUAUCAAAGAAGUAUAAGGAACGUGAGAUAACGAAUUCAGAGCACAGACCACAGCGGCCGGAUAUUAUCGAACGGGAAGUGACGAAAUCACCACCAAUUAGGGAUGAGCAUCCACCUUUGCCACCUCCAACUCAAAGCUCACUACAUUCCCAUGAGCAUAAUCCAGAACCUGACAUGCCAGAACACUAUGAUCUGGAAAAUGCAAGUUCAAUAGCACCCAGUGAUAUAGAUAUUGUAUAUCAUUACAAAGGUUAUCGGGACGGUAUGAGGAAAUAUAAGGCCACCCCUCCGCCAAUUGGAAGUUAUGCCAAUCACCAUAAACACACUGGACAACAGCAUAGACAUACUGGACCAUUUCCACCGCGAGCCAUGCCUCCACCGACAGUUGGUCAACCACCUGGACCAGCACCAAAAUUAUUACAAAGUACUCCUUUAGCCAGGUUAUCUCCAAGCAGCGAACUGUCAGCUCAACAACCUAGAAUUCUUACACUUCACGACAUCAGUGGCAAGCCACUUCAAAGCGCCCUACUGGCUACAACAUCAUCCUCCGGAGGAGUUGGAAAGGAUGCAUUAAAUUCGAACAGCGAAAGAAGUCUAAAUUCACCAAUAAUGAGUCAAUUGUCUGGAUCGACUGCAAGUAGAAAAGCACCGCAAUCAAAUAACGAGAACGUUAACAACGUAGCAUCAGGCCCAAUGGGUCUAACAGCGGAAGAGAUAGAACGACUCAACUCUAGACCUAGAACUUCCAGUCUAGUAUCAACACUGGAUGCUGUGAGUUCUUCAAGCGAGGCACGAGGACCACCUACCCAUGGUCCUCUUCAUCUACACAGAAGACACACACCUCCUCCAGAGAGAUUAGAGAGACAUAAUUCGUCGACGACAGAUGAAAGUGGUAACGACAGUUUCACCUGUUCCGAAAUCGAAUACGAUAACAAUUCCCUAGUCGGUGACAAGAGAUCUGACAAUAUAUUUAGUAAGCCCGACGACGAAGAGGUCACGACCCGAGCCAACGAGUCGUCACAGUCAACGAAACCUCCAUUGCCUCCAAACGUUAACUAUGACGGAUUCGAUAGCUCGUUUCGUGGCUCACUAAGCACUUUAGUAGCGUCGGAUGACGAUUUGUCAACACAUAUGGGUGGAUUGUACAGGCCAACCAAUAAUGGCUCACCCUCUACCAACACAGCUCUUAGUUGGGACUACUUGUUAAACUGGGGUCCUAAUUUUGAGAGUCUGGUCGGUGUAUUCAUAGACAUAGCAGAAUUGCCUGACAGUGCCAACCGAGUUCCAAGCACUCUUAGGUUACCAGCUAGUAUACCCAAGCCAUCGGAAGAAUACGUCUAAUCACGGUGUAAACUUUUUCGAAAUCCUACUUUUAUACCACUGAGAUCACUUUCUUAAGCUUUGCGUGCAACUGGUCGCGCUAUGCAAUCACUAUUGACGCUAAGACACUGACGGUGCGAAAUUCACUUAUCAGGAUGCUAAACAUCUUGCCAUAAAAUGUUCCGUAGAACUCUUCUGAGAGAUUCGAAAAUAUCCAUUUCUUUUUAUUCUAAAUAGUGCGUAGGUGUUAGCCUCUUAGAAUACUAUUGACACCUUGUAUCAGGGUGUCUGAAUUUGUAUAGUUAGUAGAGAACAAUUGCAUGAUCGUAGAUGCUGAUGUGCGGACGUUAUUAUCUUCAAGUACACCACGAUAUUAGAUUGUAAUAUUUCUCAUUCGUUAUUGAUCAUUUCGUUCGAUUCAACAUAAUUCAUUUCUAAACUUGCCAAUUGUUCAUGAAUGAUUUGUAUCAUUAUGGCCGACGGUACUCUCAUUUAGACUAAUUGUGAAAUAAGGAUAAUAUCGUGGUAUAUUGAUUAUCAGGUGCAACGCUAAUUAUGCUAGCGAAUCGUAAUGGAAGCAAUUUCCGCACGUCAGCUGAUUCUCUUUGCAAUACAAGGAUGAUUAUUUGAAUUUGAAUACUCGUCAUUAGGAACGUCAUUGCGUGUCCCAAUGUGAACUGGUAGAAGUGCAAUGAAAAGAUGCAUUUCCCAAGUCCUAGCCAUAACAUUUUUUUUUAUGAGUAAAUACGGUAAAAAGAACUUGUUCAAACAGCCAGACUGAUUUUGUAUUCUCUGUAAUAUAGUCAUAAAAUCACCUCCAGCGAUUAUCUGACAUUUGUAAAUUAUGCGCUCCGUGUGUAAAUAAUGUAUGCGGGAGAUUCGUGCGAGUUGUAUAAAGUAAAAGAGACGUAUGAACGUUACAGAUGUAUGUAUGUUGUACCUAUGCUAUUUACCAUAUUUGUAAUAAAAAUUACGUUUAUAAAAGAUAAUGCAUUCAUCAU